CAUGUAUAAACAAGUGAACAAAUAUAUUACUCUGGAGCAUCAACUACUUGAAAAAAGGCGAUUUUCCCACUGUUUAUUCAUUAAUCGAAAGCGCUUUUUGUUGAGAUGGCUUUAUGGCUAUUUGUGGCAAUUAACGUUAAGCUAGUUCAAAUUCAGCUUUAAAAAUUCUCUUGGGGCCUUGAUAAUACUGUAAACAUGUCAAUAUUGCAAAGUCCAAAAUACAUGAUUAGUACUUAAAAUAGCUGGGUGAUGCACUCUAUAUGUAUA